UUGAGUUUUAAUAAACGGGUAUUCUAGGAAGAACUAGGCGUUCUCAAAUGUGUUAGCUAACGUCCAGAUUAAACUAUGCUAACCGUUUAGCAAUGAGCUAACUGACACUGUCAAGCAGUGUGAAUGUGUUGCUUGAUUGAAGCUGAUAAAGAUGUCUGAGGCUAUUAAUGAGAAGAUAAAAAAUUACAGUACUGCUCCCUUUGACGCCCGAUUCCCCAACACCAACCAGACACGCAACUGUUACCAGAACUACCUGGACUUCCACAGGUGCAACAAGGUCCUGUCAGCCAAAGACCACGAUGUCACUGCUUGUGAGUGGUACAAGAGGGUUUACAAGAGCCUGUGUCCCAUAGGCUGGGUUGAUAAAUGGGAUGAGCAGGUAGAGAAUGGAAGUUUCCCUGGGAAGAUCUAAAAUCAACAACUGUUAUCAACUCUGGAUAUUUCACAGCAGGACAUACUUGCACCUUUACCUCUGAGUAGUGUGCCUAAGGAUGUCCAAUAUCACAUCAUCAUUGAUGUUACCAUUACUAAUUUAAACUAUAAAUGCGCACAAAUUUUUACCCUGCAUGAUGAUGUCUGCAGUUUGUUUUCAGGCUCAGCUGUAAACUGCUCUCCAGUAUUGUUUAUUCAAUAAAGUACAGAUUUAAUUAAAA